UCUCGGCCUUCCGAAACGCGCGCUCUUGUCGAGUGUGCUCAACGUUUUCAGAAAUUUAGGAUGGCUAGCCCAAGGACACGGCGAGUGCUAAUGGAUGUCAAGAAAACAAAUGCGAACCAUUUAUGUUUCGAAUGUGGGUCGCCAAAUCCUCAAUGGGCUAGCGUUACAUAUGGUAUUUGGAUAUGUUUAGAGUGUUCAGGAAAACAUCGUGGAUUGGGAGUUCAUUUGAGUUUUGUUCGCUCAAUUAACAUGGAUAAAUGGAAGGAGUUGGAGUUGGAAAAAAUGAAAGUUGGAGGCAACAGACAUGCUAAGGAGUUUUUCGUUUCACAACCUGAUUACAGACCUCAGUGGAGUUUUCAAGAAAAGUAUAAUAGUAAAGCUGCUGCUUUGUUGAGAGAUAAGAUUGCAACUGAAGCGUCUGGUGAGGAUUGGGACGAAGACGCCGCUAAUAUACGUAAUAAUAAACCUACCAGUAUAAGUCAUGUAAAAACAACCGGUGAUCUACCAUCUUUAUCCUCAGAUAAACGAAACUUUCAUGAUCAUAAUGAUUAUCAAACCCCUGACUAUUAUCCUGGAUCAAACAAAAUGACCAGUUGCCAUUCAGAUUUGGAAUCCUGGUUAAGGGAUACAAACUUAUCCGAGGAGCAUGAUUCAUCUAAAACACCAGCAACGAAGACAACAACAACUUCUGCCAAUGCACGUUAUGAUAAAGUUCCAGAUUGGGCUGACUCUAAAUUUAUGGAUGAUAAUGGUAAAUAUACGAAUUCUUCAUCUAGGCAUUAUUCAUUAGUACCUGAACGAAAUGAUAAAUACUCAUGGCAGUCAGGUUGGGCAAUGGUUAGUCAAGUGGCCUCAGUAGCUGCUAAAUGUACCAGUCAAUUAGCAUCUCAAGCAACACAAAAAACCAAAGAAUUAACUCAAUCCGUUCAGGAAAAAGUUAAAGAUAGCAAUAUUUUGGAUUCAUUAUCAAAAGGUGUUGAUACUGUUACCUCAAAGUUGCAAACAGUGAAAGCGCAAGGAAUUCGAAGUUUUGAAUCAUAUUGGACCAGCAAUCCUGAAUCAGAUUUGUCUACCGGAAAUUUUGACAAAUCAUAUGGGUCUACUCUCUUCAAUAAUCGUGAACAAGAUCGUUCCAGUUCAAUGUUUCUUGAUCGACACCUACAACAUGGAACCGAUUCGUUUAAUAGAAGUGAAGGAAAAGGGGCUUCAUUGUCGAAUACCAAUUGGAAUAACAAUGAAACCUGUGAUUGGGAUUUAAGCAGUGAUCAUGGAUGGGGAUCGAUUGAUGAUAAUGGUUGGUCUACUACAACUGCUAGUGGUGGUAAUUCUAGGACAACACUAACUAAUGAAUCAGUUGUACAACGUGAUUCCAAACUUGAAAACAAUGGUCACAAUCGAAGAAGCCGUAAAAAUUCUUAGAUUCAAUUACUUGAUAAUUUAAAUUCUCCCAAUCUUUUUUUUGUUUUUGUUUUGUUUGGAAGUGUGAUCAAGGUCAUUUAUCUUAUCUUGUUUGCUUACUGUAACUAUUCAUUUCUUGGCUCUUUUGUUUGAUUUUUUUUUGAUUGAAUAAAAAUUGUUUUUCCCCCUAUUCUUUCCUUAAUUCGAAAUAAUGUGUAAUUUAUUUUCAAUCUGAAAAAAUCUCUUUCAUUUACUAUAUAUAUCUAUCUAUCUUGAUUUCGCUAUGUAAUCUUUAUAUAAUAGGAAUUAAAGAUGCACACAUCUAUAAAUUAUAAUCACUUGUAAUGGUAACUAAGCCAAUGAUCUUUCUCUUUUUGAUUUCUUGUCUUUUUUGUUUUAAACCCAUUUGGCGUUUUGUACGAUAUUAGUAUCACUAAUUCAGUAGUAGUACUCUGUUUGGUAUGAGUGAUAUAUAAUGUGAAACGUUUGCACGGUUUAAGUAAAAAUCAUCUUUUAUGUGGUUACGUUUGUUGUUUUUUUUACAGACAGAUGUGACUUAUUCAAUAUAUUCGCUUGUUCAAUUUUUGUUUAUGUUACUCUGAUUCAAUUAUUCAGUAAUGAGGCUUAUAAUUUAUGAAUGGUGAAUUUAAAUGUUGUUCAAUGACUUACUUCUAUGAAGAUGGACCGUAGUAACUGGGGUGGUCUUUGUUUAGCAAUUUCAACACAUGGAUCGGUGAUUUAUUACCGGUGUAUUUAACUUUUAAUGAUUAGAUUUUAGGUUCAGAUCUACCUUAUUUCUGUGGAUAAUGUCAAUAGGUCUCACAUAGAACAGUGCAGUUUAAAUUUGAAUAGAUAGAUUUGUGAACUUGAUGAAUUUGUAAAAGUCCUGAGUCUUGUGCGAAAUUGUUUUGGGAAUAUUUUGUUUACUAAUGAGUAGUUUAUCACUUUUAUUUAAAAUCAUCAUAUCCACUAGUUACAGUCGUAAUUUCAUGCGUAGAAUGUUUCUCUGUGUUGGAUGUUUACAUUGAUACAAAGCAAUGCUACCGGGAUUUCCUUCAUAGCGAAUUUCUAUAUUUUCUCAACUGUACGUUCUUCCACGGUUUUGUGGAUGCAUUGAAAUAAGCAACAGCAUAUCGUGUCUUGCCACCUUCAAUCUGCGUCUGCGUGUACGUAGGUAAAGGGAUCAUUUACUUUGUUUAAUAUAUUGUUUCUCGCAGUUAGUACAAUUUGUUCUGUAGGUUGCUCAUGUUGUUCUAUAUAACUUGGCUUCCUGUAUACUUGUGAUUCUUAUACUUAUAUGUUUAAUUUACAGAUUAAUAAAUCCGAGAAUGGGAUCUCAUUUCUCUAUUCUUCUUUUGUAAAGUUGCGGUCAUCAAAUAUGUUACUGUCCAACUUAUUAGUGAUUCCAAUUUAAACUCUUCAGAAGUGCCGUGAAGACUUUAAGUUAUCUAGUUUCUCUUUUAAAAAGUUUAGUCUUCAUGUGUUAGGGCAACUGAAAUAGCCCCUAAUCUUGAUUUCCCCAGUGACUUUCAGUUAUAUAAUUGAUUGUUUUUGCUUCUAGUUUGCUACUUUUGUGAUGUGCCUGAAAAGCACUCUUGUUGCUGUACGGACAGUGUUAUUUCACCACAAUUUUGACUUGUGUUGCUGAUGUGAUAACCAUCCUGAAAGCUCAGUCUUCUCCCAUUCGUGUGGGAAUUAUUAAUUUUAAAGUGUUGUAGCGUAUUUGUCGCCCGGUCUUUCUAGUUCACACAGGUCUCAUUUGUCUUGUAAGAAUUUUCCAGUCAUUUGUAAUUUCAGGAUUAUCGUACUUUAGCCUACUUCAAAAGAAAAACAGGAGGAUAACAAAUACGUUAUUUACAGAACGCAUCCAAAUCUUUAAUUAAAUGUUAGACGGAACUGUAACUUCGUCCUAGCUUUGUCGUUCCUAUUAUUUCAUGAUAUAGAUAAAUCGAUUGCAGUUCCUUUGUUUUUUUUGUAAGUCCAACAGUUAGAUUGAAUAUAUGUUGCUAGGUGAUAGUUCACUUCCAUUAUAGAAUGGAAACAGCUUGUUAGUAUCCCUUAAAACUAAUUAGUUAAGCUUCAUAAACCAAUUCUACGCUUUCGUAUUCUCAAAGUUGGAUUCAUGAGUCAAUCUAAGCCAAACCACCAUUGAAAAUCUGGAAUCUCGGGACGACAGUUCCAUCCCAGUAUGGAAUUACUUAUCGGUGCGCAUCCACGAUCCCGCACGAGGGAUUCGAAUCCAGGACCUUCAGUCUCGUGUGCGAACACUUAAAGAUCAAUCAAUCCAUGAUCUUGCGAGACCCUUCGUACCCGUCAGUCGUGUAUACAAUUGUACAGAAUCAGUAAAUUAAUAUCGUCGGAAUGGUUUAUUUCUUCUUAGAUGUAUUUCUCCCUUAAUGAUGUGUAUUGAGUUUCUUUCAUUGUAAUUUGUUAGCCACUAUUUAAUGAUGAACUCAUAUACAGAGUUAUGACUUAUCUCUGAUUAUUUGAAGGUGGUCUUAAUGACCUGAAAGCGUGACCUCAGUGUCCAAGGAACAACUAAUUGAGGUCGGUCACACACGACCAUUUUGUGAGUAAUUUUCGUGUUAGCUCCGGCCACCACGUCAAAGUAGCAACUUAAUGUAAAUAAAGAAGAGACAAACAGUUAAGUGUAGGUCUCAUUUGAUAUGAAAAAUACAUUUACAACUUACUAACUAUCUUGAUUUAUUACGUUUUGAUUAAUGGUUAAAUUCGUAUAAACUAAGAAACUUACUUAAAAUCAUCAUACUGAUAUCAAUUAAUCAAAUAUUGUAAAUUGAAUUAUGCAUUCUGAUCCACUUGAUUUUUCACCAAACACCAAUUACAUUUUGAUAAAUGACAUCAUUGCAUUUUUAUUGAUCCUCUUUAGCAAUUCUCGUUUAACCAGAAGUUAAUUUGUGUACUAGGGGAAUACUCAGAAUAGCAUUAGUGAGGAGAAUUGAAUAAGAGAAGAAUAAGAAAAAAGAUUAACACAUGACCUAGAAAACUUACAAAAUACACUUACAUUUAAUAUGGAAAGCAACAGAUAACAAUCAACAGUAACGUUAUAUUGAGAUUAAAACAAUCUGGAAAUCUAAACUCGGUGCGCCCCCAAAUGCCCUGGUACUGCCGAGAGUGGGUAGAGUCAUGUGGAGAUAUGACUGACAAGCUUAUUUUGUAAAUAGUUUUUAAUAUUAUUUGUAUUUGUUUUGUCAAUUUUUCACUGUAUGUACAUUUAUCAUUAAAUGACUGUACGUGUUGUUUUAGUCAAUGACCUUGAACACUUUUUCCGUUGUGAUACUAACAUAGCGUGACACACUUUUGGUUGUUCGCAAAUACACUACUACACACACACACGCUCCUUGUUCUAUUCUCACUCGUUAUCGAGCUAAUCGCAUUCUAAAUCGAAUAUUAUCCACAUUUUAGACUGCUGUGCUGUUUCUAUUACAUCCUACGUCAAAGAAACUUACUGGAGUCAUAUUUACCUCAUUGGAGUUAUUACUCAUAAAUAAUUGUGGAUUUUUGGGACCAAAACUCAACGGAACACGCAACAACUAGCUGAUUUAAGUAACGUCCCUGAACUUUUAUUUUGUGUUACUGAUUUAUAAAUUGUUAUUUUUACAUUAACUUUUGAACGUAAUAACUUUAUCGCUAAUUUUUGGUUAUUAUACUUUUGGUCCACCACAGUCAGCUCUCCCUCUCCAAAUGCCCUCACAUGGCCACGCGUAUACAGCCACUUUCAAGGAAGUCCUACUCACUGCCUUCUCGUGGCGGGGGUGUUGUUUAUGAAAUUGAGAGGACGGAAAGCGAAUGCCUGGCGCUUUAACUGGGUCGGUGGAUAUGGAGAGUCUACCUAGGGGAGUUGGAAAACCCUCAUUCCAAACCAAUGGUGCACAUGGGCUCCACGAUCCUGAUGGAACAAGUGGCGUAUGAACCAUUCGUUGGUCACCGUCUACCACGUGACUGCAUCUCCUUACUAUGCUCUACUGCCUUAUGGAUCAGACCUUCAAGUCAAAGGCUCUGGUGGGGGCGUCCUAAGAAAACUACCUACUUCGUUUUGGGCACCCGGGCAGUAUUACAGCCCUCACACAUAUAAAAUGAGAUCCAUGUGGCUCAUAUGUAUUUGGUUCCCCCUUGUACCAAUAUCUAUGUGUUAAAAUAAAUAAUAAAUAAAUAAGACUAUUAGGUCAAAGGCCCGGGGCGCGGCCCUUAAAAAAAACCACGUGUUUCGACUUGGGAACCGGGGCAGUAUUCCAGCUUUCACAUAAAUCGAAUGAUUUAUGUGUCGCAUAUCUGUUUGGUGCCUCCUUAUCCCAAUGUUUAUGUGUUUAAAUAAAUAAAUAAAAACUCGAUACAGGUAGUGUAGAGUUUCUAACCUGUUACAUUUCUUUCAGUUAUCAAAAAUGACUAUAAUUCAAAUUUUAAAGAAACAAUUAAUUUUAAUGGUAAUUAAAACGAAACGAUUCAUUUUUAAAAAAAUCAGGUAAGAGAAAUAAACCUAAUUUCAUAUUUUCAAUCAAUUUGUAUUCAAAGUUUAUUUUCAAAUGUGAGACUGAUAGGUUCAGGGUUCGAAUCCUGGGUGGCGGGGUCGUGGAUGCUCACUGCUGAGGAGUCCCACAACAGGACGAAACAGUCAUUCAGUGCUUCCAGGUUUUCCCUGGUGGUCUUGCUUCAAUUGAAUCAUGAUUUCAACUAUUGAUUUCAGUUUAUUGUACUAAAUUUUCUAAUAUUUACUAGGCAAAUCCAUGAGCUCAAGGCAGAACUAUGCGUACAAAAGAACGUCCUAUCGUUAUCGUUAACUUGGCCUAAAUUAUUAUUAUUACUGCAUCCCCCCUUUACUUAUGUCUCACAUUCCCAUUAUUUUAUUCAUAAGUAGUCAUCAUAUCACUUUAUUUGCCCCUUCCAGCCAAACAAGUUGGUGAAGCCUAGUAGGCCCUUCUAGUGAGAAACAGGCCACAUCAAAGCACGGCACAACUACCGGGGCUAGAAUAGUUGUUUCUGCAAUCCUUUGGAGUUUGCCCAAUGACGAGCAACUCCAUAUGAUACAUGUGCCACUUUCGAAAUUUUUUUGUCGUUUUCCAUUCCAAAUGUAAUUGUGCUAUGUUUAUCUGUGGAGUUCGUAAUCUGUUGGUGGGUAUAGGUAAGAGUGAGUGAUUAUCCCGAUCUCCACCACCCGGGUUACCGCUUACGUUGGUUCAUGAGUCAUUCAUCUCAUUAUCCAGGAGACACGACACGGACAUGUGAGUCGGAUUUUGCCUCCCAUAACUUUAUUAUUUUUUUUACACCUCUAUGACCUUUGAUGACCUUUAAUUACUGUAACAAAAACAUUUUAUCAGUAUAGGGAUGGUGGGGAUUAAUAAGUUUUUGAUUGGGAUCAUGAACUGAUUGAUGUUAGACCACCAUUGAGAACCUGGAAGGACAGGACGGCCGUUUCAUCCUAUCGUGGAACUCCUCGGCAGUGCUCAUCCACGAUCCCGCUCGCAGGAUUCGAAUACCCAGAGCCUUCAGUCUCGCGUACGAAUGCUUUCAGGUUUUCAAUGGUGGUCUAAUAUCAAUUGGUUCAUGAUCUCAAUCAGAAACAUUUUAGUCAUUUUACUACAUUCACGUUAUAAUUCGUUACUAACUUAGUUAGUCUAUUGUUAUCAUCCAUAUUACGCAAUCUAGCGUUGUAAUCUUUCGAUUGCAUCAUUGUGGUUACUCCUUGUUCAUAUGUCCUCACGGAACUAGUACUUUAACAAAAAAGAAUUUUCAUGUAUAUACGAUUGUACAGCUUGAUAGUAAAUUCGUUGAAAAGAGAUCCCUUCACUAUACUUCGUGUUUUUAAAUAAAUGUUUAACUGUUAUAUCCCGACGAGAAUAGUGGAGAACUAUUUAUGAACCAAUACGAUACAUAUAUUUUUAUUGUGUAAAUUGUUAAGUAAGUAACCUAUGUAUAUUCAUGUUCCUCUUAUUAUAAGCAUUUUUAACCUAUAGACUAUUAUUAUACGAUUUACCGUUCUUAAGUUAUGCCCCAAUCAAUUAAUUACAGUCUUUCACAUUUACAGUCACUUUUUGACUAAAUCUUAUACAAAUGUUGUUUCCUAUUUUAUAGUACGAUGUGGUCUGUUUGGUUUUUGUAUAUAAACGAAGUAUAAAUAAAAGUAAAAUAUUUGUAAUAUCCCAAUGCUCAAUUUAUUCGAAAUUAUCAAAUCAAACCUUGGUAAUGACACCUAUAAACGAAGUAUGUUUACAAUACAUGAUAUAUAUCACAGAAGUUGAGAUUAGUGUUCUGAACUCAACAGGCAGGUCUAGAUAAGGAUACGGACUGAUAAGAACUCUAAACUGUUCGUAUGGGUUUCUAGGUAUUAUUAGUUUGGUUGAUAAGUCACUGUUCUCUAAUUGACGAUAUUAUUACGUCAUUUUAUUGAUAGGGGUAUAAGGUCUAGC